AAAUGGCAUUACCUAAUUCACUCUUCUAUACAAUCUUCUUCAUCUUAUUCUCAUCGAUUCCAAUUGCUCACAACAUGUAUCUAAGCCCAUCACCGGCUCCAAAUCCGGCUUACGAUGAUAACGACAGUAUUGGGCCAACCGUCUUCGACGUGACUUCCUUUGGAGCCAUCGGAGAUUGUGCGACCGACGACACAUCAGCAUUCAAGAUGGCAUGGGACGUUGCAUGUAUGAGCACAGGGUCUAAGUCAGCCCUGCUUCUUGUCCCCUACACAUUCUGUUUCUUGGUCAAGCCAACCACCUUCAACGGUCCUUGCAGAACCCAACUUGUGCUACAAAUCGACGGGUUCAUUCUGUCGCCGGAUGGACCGGGGUCGUGGCCGUCGAACUACCAGAGGCAAUGGAUGAUGUUUUACAGAGUGAAUGGAUUAUCAAUUCAAGGCUCUGGUGUUAUCAAUGGCCGUGGCCAGAAAUGGUGGAACCUUCCUUGCAAACCACACAAGGGCAUUAACGGAACGACUCAACCCGGUCCUUGUGACAGUCCUGUAACGAUUCGGGUAUUUCAGAGCUCAAAAGUGAGAAUCCAAGGGCUUAACUUCAUGAACAGCGCCCAGUUCCAUGUAAGGUUUGAUAACUGCAGUGAUGUAGUUGUUGAUUCCGUGACAAUCAAGGCACCAGCUUCUAGUCCUAACACAGAUGGGAUCCACAUUGAGAAUACACAUAACGUUCAGAUUCACAAUUCCGUGAUUUCCAACGGAGAUGAUUGUAUUUCAAUUGGAGGCGGCUGCUUUAAUGUCGAUAUUCAGAAUGUUACGUGUGGUCCAAGCCAUGGGAUUAGCAUAGGUAGCCUCGGACUCCACAACUCGCAGGCCUAUGUCUCGAACAUAACAGUGACAAACUCAACCAUAUGGAACUCAGACAACGGUGUUCGGAUCAAGACAUGGCAAGGAGGGUCAGGCUCGGUUUCAAGAAUUGUGUUCAGUAACAUUUUGAUGGUCAACGUUCGUAACCCUAUAAUGAUAGACCAGUACUACUGCCAAACCAAUAACUGUGCUAACCAAACCAGCGCAGUCAUUAUUAGAGAUGUUCUGUAUGCAAAUAUCAAAGGGACUUACGACCUGAGAAGCCCACCGAUGCAUUUUGGUUGCAGCGACUCUGUCCCCUGUACCAACCUGAGACUCGCGGAUGUUGACCUGUUUCCUUCCAAAGGCCAGCAUUUGGAAAACCCAUUCUGCUGGAACGCAUAUGGAAGCACACAGAUUACAGUGCCACCUGUUUAUUGUCUUCUUGAUGCACCUCCGGACUUCUAACAGAAGAAGAUGUG